GAUCUUAUAGUUUACAUUCGCAACGAUAAUAUAGGCCUACCGUAAUCGAGAUUUCGACGUUUUUAUUUCAAUCUACUUACAAUACACGAGGCUAUACUUUUCGUAACUGAAGCCCAAGACUUUCUAUCAAAGAAGCAUUUUUGUUGUGACGAUUUCACUUCACUACUCUCAUCACCUAGAUGGUAUAAAGAAAGUGCUGUAAAUUGGAGGAAGAGAAUAGCUGUUGAAUGUGCUGUGCUGCCCCAUGAUGGGGUCUAAACGAAAUGGAAGUGCCACGACAGUUGUCGCCUUUGAAGGAGAGUUGAAUGGUAUUGUAAAGGAGUACCUGGAUUUCUGUGGUUUGGAACAAUCACAUAAAAUCUUUGAAGCAGAGACCAAAGCUAAAGGUCGUCCAAUCGAACAGCAAUUGAAGAAGCCAUGGAACAGACGAAAGGCCGAUCUGCAGUCGGACUUACUCGCUCUUUUCAAGACUGGAGCUAGGUAUGAAUUCUUUGCUAUAUGGGAUGAUAACAUUCCUGAGCAGGUCAGAAGCAAUGAUCCAGUCUGUAAGAAACUUGAGUUCUACCUCAACAUCUACUUUGCAAUAUUUCCGAUCAAAUACCAAAUGAUGACUGGCAAGAAGGGUCGCAUUAAGCUAGAUGAGGCGAUGGAAGAAUUCAAGAAGUAUUUGGAGACGGGAGGAGCUUCUUUGAGUCAGACGACAGAGUUCCUUCCGUUCUAUGCGCUGCCAUUCGUACCUGAUCCUACCAAACAUCCUUCCUAUAAAGAACUCUUUCAAGACAGUUGGGUACCUGAUCUGCAGGUACGGCUGGAGAAGUUCAUGGCUAUCACCCUCCCGGCUCACCCUCAACCAAGGUUGUUUGAACUCUAUCAAGAUAUGAACAGCAAGAAUUCGGAGCAGCUGCAGAAACUACAGAACGCCAUUGUAGAUGCAGAGAAACGCAAUAUGACAUACGUGAAGAGAUACAACAAAAUACAGGCGGAUUACCACAAUUUGAUAGGCAUUACAGCAGAAUUGGUAGACUCAUUGGAAAGCUGUAUCAAAGGAAAAAUGGUAACUCCUGAAUAUGUUCAGAUGGUAUGUCAAAGACUGUUCUCAAACCAGUUGAGUGAAUCGGUCGAUGUCACUAGGCCUCCAACGGCUGCAUCAGUAUUGAAAGUCUCAAUGCAACCUCAACAAAGUACCAUUCCAGAAGAAAUAAGGGAUGCGUUACCUAUUCUGCCCUCGCUUGACUACAAGGUUGUAAGGAGAGAUAUGGUAUCGGCUGAUGACAGGAGAAAGGCAUUACUGCUCCAAGCACUCAGAUGGCGUUUGACCCGUAGUGAGCCUGGCGAGCAGAGAGGAGAAGUGAUCUCGGCUUAUAUCAAGAAUGAUAUCUUAGGGUGUGCACAUCAGAGUUCUCACAGGGAGAAGGUAAUAGAUAUUUUAACUGCUGCCUCGAAUGAAGUAGUGCAGCAGUACAUGGCAAGACUGUUCAAUGCAUUCGCUUCACUUUCAGUUGGACGGACCUACCUUGGUAGAUAUUCUGAUAUCGUUAGUACUCUUCAGGUAGCUCUACAAUCAGAAGAUAAAGAUUCUAUAACAAGAGAAAAUGCCCUUGGCACUCUCCAGAAACUCAGUCUAAAGAGACAUCUUCAGACUUCCAUGAUAGAGGGCGGUAUAAUCAAAUGGUUGGUCAAAGUGCUGGAAGAUUCGGACUCUCUUUCAGACUACACCCUCGAGUACUCCAUAGCCUUACUUAUGAACCUGUGUCUAAGAACAUCAGGGAAGAGAAAAUGUGUUGAAGACAAGGCACAGAUACUCAAUGUUAUUAGCGAUCUACUUGGUCAUGAAGAUAAUGAGAUACGACCGUAUGUGAACGGCACUUUAUACAGCAUCCUUUCAGUACCAGAUAUCAGAGAAGAGGCAAAGUCUAUGGGUAUGGAGGAAAUCUUGAAAUGUUUCAUCAAAGAAGAUACACCAGAAAUGAAUAGACAAAUUCAUUUCAUUAUCAAACAACUCAAUUCAGAUGUAAUAGGAGAUGAGGUGGAUUCAGAUGAUGAAGAUGAAGAAGAUGAGGAAGAUCAAGACCAAGAUGCCAUGGAAGCAGACCUUGAUAAAGCUGAAGUCAUCAAAGCGCAGCAGGGAGAACUCGUUGGAGAAAAACUGCUCAUGGCAUUCUAUAUGUGGGAUGGUAGAACAGCUUCAAGGAGUGGGAGCCAGCUUUCACAAAGACCUGCAAGUAAACAAAGUGUUGCAGAGCCCAAGCAUCCUGCUGCUACAAACGGCCAGAUAUCUCGACCUCAGACAAGUAGUGGAAGUAGAGCCGGAUCAGCCCAAGCUCAACGUGCGGCUUCAGCCAAUGGACCACAAGCUGCAGCAGGCGAACCAUCAGAAGAGAAUGAAUCAGAACCAGCCCACCCCCAUCCAAAUAAACAAGUCACACCGGUUAAAAAUAGAUUUACUGGAAGGGGUGAAGAGUACGACAGUGCCUUCGGAAGUAAACCCAAGAUUCCCAGAACACCAGAGCCUGGAAAGAGACCAGCCAGUAGGGGGAUGACUCCGCCCCCUCCGAUUAAAUCGUCUGAUUCCCCGCCUCCGAGUAGACCCUCAACAGCAACAAACAGACAAAAGAAACGUAGUGCCCAUACACUUCCACCUGUGGAAAAUGUUGAGCAAGCAGAGAGAGCUCUUCCAACGUUGAGUCAUCCUCCCUCCAGAGCAGAUUCCAGGGCAUCCCCAGAGAGUUCAAUCAGCAUAUACAUCAGUGAUCAUGGAACCACGCCCACCGGCUCGAACCAGUCAGGAUCCAGAUUAGCUUCCAUCAAAAGUGUAAGAUCAGUUGUUAGCCCAGGAGAAUUUGAAGGAGAUCUGCCAGUUUCCGCAAAAGACGAGAGAUUGGAUCAAGUCUCCCCCGUUCAUGUGAAGCCUAAGAGUGCUGCAUCCAGGAGGCAAGGCAGUGCGGGAUCAUCGGGGAGGAAUAAAUGAGAUGAGAUGAUUUGGUUUUGAGGAGUGGACACCAACGUGGCUCACUGCUAGAUCAUUUGAGAUACGUCUAUCUAGGAGAAAGAAGGAAGGAUGCUGAUCGGAUCAGCUUACACCUGGCUUAUUGAUUCUUUUGGAUUAAUCAGCUGUGCAGAAUGUGCGAAGUGAGACAUGCACAAAUAUGUGCAGAAACAUAACUGAUGAAUUUACUUCAACAGGUCAUGAAUGAUUUAUGUAGAAAAAGAUGAAAUCCAACUUUAAUUCAUGUAUUAUGAAGUAUUUGAAAACUUUGAAAGUUAAAUGUAUAAUAGAUUUUAUGUCUGCCAAUGGUGGAGGUUUGAGCUGUGACUAUUUGCAGUCAAGAACCAAUGAGGUCUUUGUGGAGAAAAUCACUUUUUUUUCCAAAACGGUGUAUAAAAAUGUUAAAGUGACCAUCUGAUUGUGAUUUUUGCAAUGGUCAGUCACUCAGCCCUCCCCCCCCCCCCUGUCAAAACUGUUCCACUGCCCCUGACAAUUAAGUGCAAAAUUUGUAAAUUAUUUUUCUCACAUUAGCAAUCAUGGAUUGGGUUGCUUUAAAAUCUUAAAUUGAUCUGUCAGCUGUGAUUUUCGAUUGAAGUUUACAAUGAAUCACAAUUUUUUUUUCUUGCAAACCUAAUUUCUUGAAUAAUGUAUGUUUCGCAUCCUUUCGCAAGGUGUUUAUCUUCAUUUGCCUUUCUCCACCCGGUUAAGUAAGUGGGUACCUGGUAGGAAGAAAUUCCUUGAAUGCUCAAUCCUCCAAUCAGGUUAGCUUUGCUAAAGCAAGUAUGCAACGCUCAGAAACAUUGUAUUAAGCCUUAUGAUUAUUAUUUUUAUAAAGAAAACCAAUUAUGUCUUGCUGUAAGAUGGGGUUGACUAGGGAAUUUCAUUUGACUGUCAAUGUUCAUUUGCAGAGUGUAUUCUUAAGCAUGUUAGUUCUUGCAAUUUUUUUUUAUUUAAAUGGCAUAAUGUACAUGUAGUAGUAGUAGUAGUAUGGUAUUUAUUCAAUAAGAAAACUGGCAAAACAGUCCAAAGACUGAAAAAUCCAGUGCACAGUAUAAACAAAGGCAAAGUACAAUAUUACAAAGAUGAAAUAAAAGCAAAAAAUUACAACCAACCGAUAAUCAUAUUACACAAUCAUAAAAGAUAUACCAAAAGAAGAAAAAAAAGAAACUUUAAAAAGUAACAUAUUGAUCAAUGAAGCAUGUACAAACGUCAAGAAGUGUGAAAGUGUAAUUCGAACAGAACGCAACUAGGGCAUAAAAUGAUAUAUUACAUGUAUAACCAUGUAAUACGCGG